ACCUGCCUCUUGCUGGACUCUUGCAGACAGAAUAUGUUUUUUUUAAUCUUUACAUUACGGAUCUUCAUUCACCUCAAAGGAGUAAAAGCAGAGAAGCAAUGAACGACCAAGACGAAGACCUCGGUGCAUUUGAUCCAAACAUACCAGAGGAGGGACCAUCAGCGCCCCCUCCUGGCUGGCUGGAUGACAUACAUGGAUAUCAGGGCCACAAAGGAGGAGAGGAUGACAACCCAUUGUAUCCACCUCCGCCUGCCUAUACCCCCCAGCCUGAACUCAACAGGAACACUUUGGUGCCCAAUGUCAGGGUCCCCACAGUGUCGGAGGAUGUGGCCAGAGAUGCCCUGCUCAAGUUUGUAGAAUCUAAAUGGAGGUACAGCUCCAAACCUGCCAGGAACCUCAUCUUCAAAGAGCUCAAACCCAUCAUUGUGUACAGGUAUCGACUGGAGACCUACGCUGAGACCAGAACCAGCGCCUGGCAGUUUGAACCCUACAAUGGACAGGUGGUUGAUGGUCCUCAGUUUGGUAUGAGCCCUCCACCGUGGGACAUUCCUGUGUCGUUGCCUCAGAGAUACACCGACAGGGUGGAGAAGGUCCGCGUGCCACACUCAUCCUUCGUUAAGCCAUGUCACAAGUGCAACGGCUGUGGAAGAACUCGCUGUACUACUUGUCAUGGAAGAGGCCAGAAGCGUUGUUUUAACUGCCAUGGCACAGGGUCCAGAAGGCGGCCUGGGAAUCACAAGCGGUCGUCCGGGAAGACGCGUUGCUCUUCUUGUAGCGGGAGAGGCCGUAAGAGGUGUACUUUCUGUCAUGGUCACGGCUACAGGACUUGCUCUGUUUGUCACGGCAGCCAGAACCUGCUGCACUUCAUCCAGCUCACUGUGACAUGGAAGAACGACAUAAGUGAUUUCAUCCCAGACCGUCAGCCUGACUUCCCUGACAAGAAGUUUGAGAAGGUGGCGGGAGAUCCGUUCUUCAUCGAUGAGAGUGUUCUGGUGUACCCUAUCCAGGGUUUCCCCGAUCAGGAGAUAUGCGAUGUUUCUACAAAACUGAUAAACGAACACCUCAAUCGCUUCAGUUCCACCAGCCGCAUCCUGCAACAGCGUCAGACCAUCGAGCUGGUGCCCCUGACUCACGCUUAUUACACUUACAGUGGAAAAGACCACAGCUUCUUCGUCUACGGAGUGGAGAACAAAGUCUUUGCUUCCAAAUAUCCUUCUGCGUGUACUCUUCUAUAAGUAACAUAUAGACAUAUUGUUAACAUAUUUCAUCCUGACAAUACAUGUGUAUGUGUAGUAUGGGUCAUUAAAGGAGGGAAAGGGAAGCAGGUGGAAAAAGCUAAAUCAUCCAUUUUCAUCAACAUUUAUGUGUUCACCAAAAAUUCAUUGUAGUGAUAUUAAGCUAUAUGAAAAUCUACCGGCACUUAUCAACACUGGACUGGUGUUACUACAUUAACCGUCCGUACUAAUUGUUCAGCAUGCCUUCAAGUGUGUGAUAACACGGUGCUUUAAAUGACCAAACAAAGCCUUAAUGUUGUGCUAAAACAUUUACAUAUUAGAUUAAAUGUUCUUCAGGACUCUUAAAGCUACGCGCCAAAGUCCAGACUGACCCAGUUUACUGCCAGUAUGUUUCCUCAGAUAAGAUAAAGACCAGCUUCCUGUCCCAGUAUUCAGUCAAUUCAUACUCUAAAUGAGUGAAUAUAUUUAGAUUAUAUUGCUUAUUUAGUGGGAAUUUUUAUAUAUAUCUGUCAAAGUUAACACAAUAAUAAUGCGUUAAUGCAAAUUUGUUUUAACGCCAAUCAUUUUUUUAACACAUUAACGCAACUCACGUUUUUUUAGGUUGUAGCAGGCUCAGUUUUAAAGCAUAUAGAGUGAAGAUACUGGUAUCAUAUGAAACUACAAAACCUAAGGAGUUCAUUGGUAUCAAUCAUGUCAUACUACCUUGUCACAAAGAAGCCUAAAUAAUGCCCAAAAGUUACGCUAAAUUUUGGCGAGGAAAAACUGAUAUCAUUUUCAAAGGGGUCCCUUGACCUCUGACCUCAAGAUAUGUGAAUGAAGAUGGGUUCUAUAGGUACCCACGAGACUCCCCUUUACAUACA